GAGCCACUUGAGCCUGGAGCAGAUGGAGAGAUCGUAGUGGGGGGAAAGUAAGUAAGCACAGAGAGAGAGAGAGAGAGAGAGAGAGAGAGAGAGAGAGAGAGAGAGAGAGAGAGAAUUGGAAGAAGCCAUGCAGAGAGUGAGGCAGCCCAGCGACGAUGCUUGAUGAACUGAACCACUGACCACCAGAAAGGCUAUCUUUACACUUCGACAGAGCCCCAGAGAGAUCCAGGAAUCAGAUAGGACAGACCUGAGGGGAGACAUCAACUCAUCGUUUCCAACUGACGGGCUAAAACCCAGAGCAGGACGAGGAGAGCUCAAGAAAAAAAAAGAAAAAAGAAAGAGUUAGAGACAAGGAGAAAGAGGCGAGUUCUAGACAAGGAGAAAGAGGCGAGUUCUACCGAUGAGAGUUGAAGCACAGAGGCAGAAGGAGAUGCUCAGAGGGACCAGAUAGAGAAGAGAAAAGUGAAACAAAAGGUAACAGGAUUGCUACAGGUGUGUCCACACGGACCGCUCAAAGGAAAGGGCGACAACACCAGAGUCCCCCAGCACAAAACGCUGCCGCAAGUGAAACAGGGAGUGAAAGAGCGAGAGCAGACACAAGUAGAGGGACAGAGCUAGAUCAGGAUGGCCAACUCAGGUCUCCAGUUGUUGGGUUAUUUCCUGGCGUUGGGCGGCUGGAUCGGCAUCAUCUCCACCACUGCUUUGCCCCAGUGGAAGCAGUCGUCGUACGCCGGCGAUGCCAUCAUCACGGCCGUGGGUCUGUACGAGGGGCUGUGGAUGAGCUGCGCCUCGCAGAGUACGGGACAGGUGCAGUGCAAGAUCUUCGACUCCAUGCUCUCGCUGGACAUCCACAUCCAGACAUGUCGGGCCCUUAUGGUAGUGUCAGUACUGCUGGGCUUUAUCGGCAUCAUCGUCAGCGUGGUGGGCAUGAAGUGCACUAAGGUGGGAGAUAACAACCCAGUCAGCAAAACCCGCAUCGCUGUCACCGGAGGAGCUCUGUUCCUGCUCGCAGGUCUAUGUACACUGGUGUCUGUGUCCUGGUAUGCCACUCAGGUGUCCUAUCAGUUCUUCAACCCAAAUACACCACCCAACGCCAGGUAUGAGUUUGGCUCGGCCCUGUUUGUGGGCUGGGCGGCGGCCAGUCUGACGGUUCUGGGCGGGUCCUUGCUGUGCUGCUCCUGCUCUAAAGAAGACGUGCGAGGGCAGCAAUAUUACCGCCAAUCACAGCCUUCCACAGCCAGGGAACCAAAUGUUAAAAGUACCCCACCAGAGAAAAGGGAGCAGUACUUGUAGAUUGGGAGAGUCUUCUGGCCUUACCAUGGUUUAGAUUCAGUCAACAGACAAAACUCUCUCACUGAGGAACUCAAAACAAACAGACAGCAUUAAAGAAAGAAUUUAUGAACAGCAACCUUUCAAGCAUAUUGCAGCAACAUAAAUUAGAGUCUCUGUUGAAGUAAAAUGAAUGGUUUACGAAGGUUUUAUGAAGAAGUUGCUUCAGAGGGAUUGAGAAAGAUGACAUCCAUGUCUUGUCUGUUUUGUUGACUUUGGGAGAGACAUUCAGGGUAUGUUUUCUAUAACAUGUUAAAAUGCCCGUGUGUAUAUACCACCUACUUUAUUCUUUUUUUUCCUUUUUUUUUAUUUUUUUACUACAUAUAUAAUGUUUUACUACAGUGCCUUAUAACACGUGUUUGUGCACAUGCAUGUUUUUGACUUCAUGGAUUCUUUAUUGUGUCCCAUCCCAUCUGAGGCUUGUGUGUCCGUACGUGUAGUUCCUCUGCCAGCAGUUAUGUGUGCCUUAUUUUCUAUUGUUGGAUUUCUGAAAAUGAAUGUGAAGCUACUCUACAGUACCACUUGUAAAAACAACAAAGACAUACAUACGAUAGAUCUUCAGCAUUGUGCCUUCUGCCACUGUCCUUAAUAAGCUGUGUGCCUGUUUCCAAGUAGCCUGGAUUGAGGAUAUACCCAGUACAUUCACCAUUUUGUUUCAAGUGCCAAUAUGAUUUUGUGUGAAUGACAGAGUCAUUGUGUUAUUGACUUUAAAGGACGUACUGUGCUGUGUGUUGUCUCCUGUAGCCUACUAAGGAACGCCAGUUUUGCUGAGUGUUCAAAUGCCCCUCUGAUGUCUGCAUUUAUUUACCAUGCCAUUCCUUUCUCUAAUAUUUACCUCCUCAAUGUUGUGUACCAUCUCAUUUACAGUAUACCCCUGUCUGUUUCUUUUAGAAUAAAGUAAACAGAGACA